GGAAUGUCCUGCUACAGUUACAAGACUCCCCCACAAGAAUGAAACUUUCAGCAAUAUAAAUCACCAGUGUCAAAGCCUAUUCAACAGUCUUCUGUUUUCUGUUCUUCACUCGCCAUGAAGAUCAUUACACAACUCUUCUUCUCAGUCUUGCCCUGGCUGCUACUCCUGUUCAUUCCCAAAGGGUUUUGUGACCAGCCAGUCCAUUGCCAGUGGGGGCCUUAUGGUGAAUGGUCAGAGUGUGAUGGCUGCACCAAAUUCCAGACAAGAAGCAGAGUCAUGACUGUCUUCGCUCAGUUUGGGGGAAACCCCUGCGAUGGAACACAAUCAGAGAAGAGGCCCUGUGAAACCACACGAGGCUGCCCUCUAGAGGAUGGAUGUGGAGACAGGUUUCGUUGUCGAUCAGGGAAGUGUGUUAGCCAGUCUUUGGUGUGUAACGGAGAUCAGGACUGUGAGGAAGAUGGACUCGACGAACUCAGCUGCAGCAUUCAAAAAUACAUUAUAUGUACAGAAUCAGCUCCCCCACCUAACGUUGAACUCCUAGGACUUGGGUUUGAUGUGACAUCAGGGACAUCGAGAGGCAUUGUCAUCAACACAAAGAGCUUUGGGGGCCAGUGUCACAGAACCUUCAGCGGUGUUGGCAAUGCUUUUUACAGACUGCCCCUUAGUACUAUCAAGUACAGCUUUAUGGUUAAAGUUCAAAAUGACUUCAGUGAUGAAAUGUUUCAAAGUACAUGGCACUAUGCAAAGGACAUUGUCAACAGACAAACAGUAACGGGGACCACAACAGGAUUUCGAAACUAUGACCUUCAUGAGUCAGAUGACAGGAGUCAGAUCUACAAGGUUUUGGUUUUGAAUAAUGACAUAGAGAUAGCUCAGUUCCAGAGCAACUCUCCUCAGUACAUCCCAAUAUCUGAGGAGUUUUGGAAGGCACUGGUCAAACUCCCGUCAGUCUACAACUAUGCUGCCUACAAGAAGGUUUUGGAAAGGUUUGGAACACACUACCUGUCUGAGGGUAGCCUUGGAGGCUCUUUAAAGAUCGUCGCCAAGAUUGAUCAAGAAACUGAAAAACAUAUGUUCAAAGAAAAGUAUGAGUCUAGGGAAUGUGAAAGGAAGAAACGUUGGGUUCUUUUUUUCCCCAUCACCCGAGUGGACUGCAGGAAUAAUGAAGGUGGACGCCCAUCACAAACUGUUGAAAGAACUAUCAGGAAUGAUAGAAUGACAAAAGUGGAUGUGAAUGGAGGAGACAACCAGUAUACUGGAGUACUGCAGAACAUGCAGCCCAGUGAGCCAGAUAAGAACUGGGAGGUGUACUCAAACUGGGCUGACUCUGUUCGAUCCUUUCCAAUAGUCACAAAAAAAAAGCUACGGCCGCUCUCAGACCUGGUGAAGGAGGUUCAGUGUGCAGGGGUGAAGAGGCUCUACCUUCGCAGGGCCAUAGAGCAGUACCUUACUGAGAAUGACCGCUGCCACUGCCGGCCGUGCAGAAAUAAUGGCAUUGUUACCGUGGUUGGAAAUGUAUGCAAAUGCAUCUGUAAGCCUGGCACAUCAGGACAGGCCUGUGAGCAUGGAAGUGAAGUAGAAGGUCAACAGGGAGUUAUCCACGGUAGUUGGGCCUGCUGGUCUGCCUGGUCAUCGUGCUUUGGGGGUAAAAGGUCAAGAAGACGUUCCUGCUCCAAUCCCACUCCUCAGAAUGGGGGGCAACACUGUAUCGGAGAAACCACUGAGACAUCUGACUGUGAAGACCAAGAUCUACAAUACUUAAGAACCAUGGAGCCUCAGUGCUUUGAUCCAACUCUCCCAGCCAGUCAGAAGUGUGGAACCCCGCCUGCUCUAAUAAAUGGCUACAUCCUGGACCCUAAGGACAUUUACCUUGUGGGUAGUAAGGUCGAGUACAGCUGCACUGGCGGUUUCCAUCUUACUGGUAACAGCAUUAUACAAUGCACCGAGAAUCAAAGAUGGUCUGGCUGGAAUGGACUAUGCACAAUCUCAAUGUGCAGGCUUGAGGACCUCGGUGAGGGUGUCAUAGCCUCUCCUUUAAAUCACACCUAUGGGAUAGGGGAUACAGUUUCCUUGUCCUGUCCACCGGGUAGACAGCUAUUAGGAGAAGCAACGAUUAUAUGUGACUCCAGUCUGCAUUUUUCACCAGACCCAAGGAUAAUCAAAUGCAGUCCAGUCAAAACGCCACAACAACCCAUCUCUCCAUUGGUGCAAUGUAAAUUGUGGGAGAAGUCUGUCAGAGGAAGAUGUGUUUGCAAAAUGCCUUUUGAGUGCAGUUCAUCUUUGGAGGUGUGUGCCACAGCUGCUGUGGGCAGAAAAUCAGUCCUUCUGAAUGUGUGCAAAAUGCAUGUACUGCAGUGUAUGGGGAAGAUCCACAGCAUAGUAGAUGACAGCACCUGCAACUGGCCAGAGCGCAACACAACAGGCUGCACCAAGUGUCACAUGUGGGAGACCUGUGACGAUCAAACCAACGAGUGUCGCUGUAAGGACUCUGCAGAUUGCUUGACCCCAGGAUUGAAUGUGUGUGUCCGUAUUGGGGAAGAUGCGACUGCAGCAAGUCAGACCAUGAGCGAGUGUGAAGCAGGACUGAAGCGAUGUAAAGGAGAACAGGUGUCGGUUGUCAGUAUCCUGCCUUGUGCUGCCUAAGGAUCCAGGAGGAGGGCUUGACCUUAUGACCUUAUAUCUAUACGUUUCUUUACACAUAAAUCCUCUAUAACAUUAUAUUUUUCUAGUGAAUUACUAUUGUAUCAAGUGUCACUGCUUCAACACAUUGUUAAAGUGAAAUGUUAUACAUGUAUAAAACUAUAAAGGAAUAAAUAGAAAAAACGCCA